AAGUAUUGUCACUCCAACAUUGCACCCCCUCCACCGACAAGACAACCUCUUUGGUACUUCACCGUAUUGUAGUUACAAAAAUUGACUUAAAAAUCAACAUAAAAAUGACUAGCAAUAAUACGGACACGGGUGAUACAACCAUACUAGCCACUACCACCACCACAAGAACAACAACCUCAUCUCUACAAGAUCAGGAUAAGUUGGAGCCAGAACCACCGCGGGAAUCCUUGAUAACCACCGCUGUUAGCUUUCUACAAAAUACCAAAGUACGACACACGACCCUCAUCCAAAAGCAACAAUUUCUACAGUCCAAAGGUCUCACGGCCCAUGAAAUACAAUUGGCAUGCGAGCGAGCCGGUGUUUUCACACAAGAUCCAAGUAAUCCCAAUACUGUAAUUCAAAUCGGUUCACAGCUACAGACAGUGCAACACCAGACCACAAUAUUGGGCAGGAUACGCGAUAUUUUGCAUUCGGCAGCCCUUUUUGGUGGUGUUAUCUAUGCCGUUUAUUUAUUUUGGAAGAAAUAUUUGGCACCAUUUUUAUUCGGCCAAAGCAGCAAGAAAAAGAAACCCGUGGAUGAAGCACUCGAUGAGAUUGACAAAAAAGUGGAUUUAUGUACCACAGAGCUCAACAAGGAAAUCAAUUUGGUGAAGGAAAUGCUUACAUGCCAGCAGAAGGAACAGGCACAGCAAUUAAAUCGAGAAUUCCACAAUUUUCGCAGCGAUUUAGAUGCCAUUAAGGGUUUGCUAUUAAAUCGCAAACAAUUUGCCUCUCCAGUGGCACCUUUGGCGACAGUUCCAUCGAUACCUGCUUGGCAAUUAACCAGCUCUCCACAUCAUCAUCGUCAUAGUCAAUCAGAUGAUAAUGAAAAGGCCGAUGAUGCAGGCUCCGGUUCCGGCUCAUCCGAAACUGAAGUUGUGACCAAGAAUAGUGAUUCCAGUUUAGAAAUCAUGUAGGACAAGCCAAAUGACGGCUUGUUUAAAUUUAAAAAAAUUGCUUAUUUUUCCUCUUGUCAGAAUAGUUAAGGCCAUGAGCAAAUUUGGGUGCCGCCAGUAUAUAUGUGUAUUUCAUAUAUGUAUACCUAAUCAAAUCCAAUAUCAAUUUAGCAUUUGGAAUAUUUUGAAAACUCAAUUUAAAAUAUGUUUUUUUUUUGUUUCAUGGAUUAUAUGCCGAUUAUAACUAUGUGUGUGGAAAUCCAAAAAGGAAUAUGUUCCAAAUUUAAUUGUUAUUCGAGUAUUUAUGUACAAUAUGUUAAUCAUUUUCAAAUAUGCACUCAUUGCUGGGAGUAUGUAUUGCAAUUUUCCCAGUGUUAAUAUUUACAAUUAUAAAAAGAUUUGAUUAAAAUCAUAAAUUCAUUCAGAUAACAUUUAUAUACUAAUAUAUAUCUGAAUACAAAAGCAAAUGCAUUUCCAAUUUAUAAAUUAUAAGAUGCUUGGCUAAAUAAGUUGAAUAUGUUGUAUGUUGUAAGAUACAAUUGAAAUACAUACAGGUUAAAUCAGUUUAAGCAAAUAACAAAAAUCUGAAACGAGAAUGUAUGCUAAGAACUAUUAAAGGAAAGUUUAAAAAAAUAUGUAUAUCUUUAUAUAAAUGAAGAUUUUUCAUUCGUUGCAUCACAAACUGUGCUUUUUUUUACUAGGUUAAUUAGCUGGUUCGUCGCGGUCAAGAGUAAUUUGGUUUUGGCUUGAAGCAUUCCAUUCACUUUUAUCCACAGAUCAAAGCCGGUAUUAUUUCGCACUUAGUUAAUCUUAAUUAAAUGGAAAUGCAUUUAUCUACACUUUUCGAUUUCAUACGAAAAUAAUGUAUAAGAAUAAACAAAUAUAUAUCAAAAAUAUGGCAACUUA